UUGGUCGUUCGUUAGUAACUGAUAUUCUGUCAGAUGGAAAACAUAAAAUUAAUUUAUCCUCCCUCAGUUUAAUAAUGUUUCGAAAUGCAGUCAAUAGAUGCGACAAGUUAUUGGUCCGUAGCUAAUCUGGCCAAAUCACUGCGUCAGGAGUACUUGUUAAUAUCCAAUGAACAGAGCAGUUACUUGAAUUUACAAGAAACAUACGAACAAAAUUACUGCGAAACUCAACAGCUGCUAUGGAUUUGUUCUCGACAACGACAGAUAUUGAAGGAUCUGGUUUUGGCGAAAUCAGAAGCAGCGCCAGCCUUAGCGUAUCGGCAAGCAGAUAUGACGAAACAUAUUGGGUUUAUCAAUAUUUAUCAGUGCAAGGCUUUCAAUUAUCUGCAAACUGUGGGAAUUGUAGAUCUUCUAAACUUUUUAUAUGAAUCACCUGCAACAUUGGCUUGCUGUCUUUCUGCAGCAGAUAGUAGCGAAUGGGCAGAUGUUCAACUUGACAUGGUGAUACAUUUCGUUAUCAACGGUCUGUAUGGAGGUGUAAUUCAUGCGAAGGAUGCAGAAAUGCUCAUCAAAUUAUUUCAAGUGUUGGUGGAAACGCAGAUAGCUAUUGGUGGUAAUCCAAGGAAAUUCUUACGCUCGCAAUCUUCUUUCUCUCGCGUUUAUCAAAAAUAUCAUGAAUCUACGCAUGCCACCAAAAUAUUUUUGAAGACGGUGUUAUUCGAGCCGAUAAUGUCAGUCCUGAUGGAGGACGAACGAAGAUUUGAAGCUACUCCACAGAAGAAAACAGUUGGAAGUACGACCAAAAGGGCACCCGGGAUUGAUAAAGAAUCUUCUAGUGAGUGUGUGGUAAAUUCAGUGAAUUGUGAGCAACUCACGACAAAUCAAAUGCAUGUACACGUAGCAAAAUUCAUCAAAUCUAUCAGUGAUAAUUGGUUGUUACUGCCGUCAACAUUACGCUGGUUAUAUCAGUGGGUGUACCGGACCCUUGCACAAGCUAAGCUUCCGAAAAAAGAUAUAAACACAAUUCUAUCGGACAUGAUAUUCACGAAUUUUAUAUGUCCUGCUAUUCAGAGUCCAAAUAUACAUGGUAUAAUUGAUGCUUCGAUAUCGGAAAACAGUCGUUUUAAUUUAAAACAAAUCGGACAAAUACUGCAAAUAUUGACCCUGUCUGAAGAUCAGCCGCUUGAUGCAAGCAAGUAUAGAGAUGUGUUGAAUAAGUUUGAGAAAAACUGCAUAAGCGCUAUGCUGGAACAAUUUUAUAUGAAUGAUACAUCGAAACAAAAUAACAGCAAUCCCAUUAUACAGUAUCAUAGUUCUGCAGGAACCAAGCUCAUUCUGGUAACGCUUGAGGAAUUAGCAACAUCAAUCAAAUUAAUGGAAGCAACUUUACAACAUCACAGUUUACCGAUUUCAGAUGGUGAACGAAGGAAACUGAAACAAAUGAUUGAACCAUUUUCCGAUUUAACGGAAGCUGUGUUGGGAAUUCCUUGUGUAGCAAGUGAAUUACCAUCCUGCAGUAGUGAGAGCAAGCAUAAUUCUAAAGUUAGAAAUCGCUUGACGGGCAAUAAGAGUUCCAACAGUUCGUUAGCUGAAAAUUCUGAGAGGAAGGGGAAUAGUAUGAAUAUUAGUGCAAUUGGUUCGGGCACAGUGUUGAUCAUACCGUUGGCCUCGAACGAUGAUAAGAGAUUGUUAACCGAAGAAGAGCUGCUUAACAAUAUUCCAUGUAAAGAAUCCGCUCGAAACUCGGAAGAAAACUAUGCUGACCAAAUCAAUUUGGAGGAUAAGAAAGAUAACAAUAAGCAAAGCAGUAGAGAUAAGCAAAAAUCUUUCUCACUGCAGGAUGAUGCAUCUCUGGGAAACACUUCCGAUAAUUUGGAAGCCGUAAGUGAAGCUCAUAGUAACCAUUCCGUAGCCAGUUCAUUAGAACUUGAGGAAGCAGAUCAAAAUGAUAAUGACAACCUGUCGGAUAUGAUAUCAGCUAAUGUGUCUGGUAGAGGAUCGCCAAACAUAUCUGGACGUGAUACACCAUCAUCACAAGUUACGGAGGGUGGUGGGGAAGUCCAGCAAUUUGCCACCCCUCACAUGACAAAAAUCUCAAACAAAGCCCGAUCAGAUAUAGAGGACAAAUUUUGCAAAUUUGAAAUAAAAAAGCUAAUUGAGGGUGAUGAAACGAUCUCGAUCAUAUCGGAUACUUGGAGUACCGAUGUUCUGGCGUCCGAUUCCGAAGCACUUGAAGCAAACGAUAGAAACUUUUCCACUCCCCUUAUACCAGCUAUGCCUCUGCUGCCCGGUGAUCACAACUAUAUACCAUUAACGAGCAAUUUCGGACAGUUACGCAUCGGGAACAUAGAUUUGGAAACGCAGUCCGAAUCGGCUUGGAGUACAGAUGCUCUAGUAGAUACGGAUGACAUUCAAAGUAUGACUUCUCGUUUUGAAACGGCUGACAACAUUUCUAAAGAACAAGAAAUGUUUCUAGGAUCGUCUGUGAGCGUAUCAAAAUCAGGACAUUUCAGAAAUAUGAAUAAUAACUCACACCAAGAGUUGACGAAUUGUUGUACAGCAAAUGAAAUAUUACCGAUGGAACAAAAUUGUUCAAGGCCUACACAAGUCCGUCAGAGUUCGACGGACAGUUUUAUGUCUACCGAUGGUUCAGCAGAGAUCAGAACGAAUUCGAACAGAAGUUAUCAGAACGAGAAUACCGCUAAAAUUUGUAAAAGAGGUGACAAGUCUAAACUUAAUAUCAACGCUUGCUGCGAUUCGAAACCAAAUAAUGAAAUUGAAACAAACAAUGAAAUUCGCGCCAGUUCGAAGCCAGAUCAAAUGUCUGAUGUGAUGUAUUGUAAUUUUUCAUCCACGAAUUGUAAUGAUAAUAAAACCGCAAUUGAAGGCGCGGCCCGCGAAGGCGCAUCGGAUCUCACAUCUACUUGUGUGGACGAAGAUAUGGUUUCGGUGGAACAUCGACGAUUGUCAUCGGAACAACGCAAUGCGAAGUUCGAUUCUCGGCGUAACGGAAUGAUGGAUAUACCAAGGAAUUUUUCCGGUCUAUCUAGUUUCACAAGCAACCCCACCCUGACGACUCCUCUCACUGCAUUGAAUAAUCCGGAAAGAGAAACAAAUGAGUUGGUAACCUCGAAGGAAGUGAUGCCAAUAACGCCUCAAGAUGAUACAUCGGCUCUGCCCAAUUUAACUUCUCCAUGUCUGAUUAAAAUGGCACAAAGCGCAAAAAAGGAGUCGUUCGUCAGUUUAGCCAAUCCGGAUAAAGGUUUUCUAUCACAAAGCAUUGACCGAGAAGAGAAAGGAAAUAGAGUGGCCUGUUACAGUUUCGACACUCCAGCAGUUAAAGACUUUUUGCACCCUGAGAAGGUAACAGGAACUAUUCCCAAAAGUAUAAGUUUCGAUUUAUCAGCGGAUAAAAUCGAUCGCAAUGAAUCGACGAUUGUUUCUAUACCUGGGACAAGCCGUAGCUCCAAUGCUCUGAAGACUCACGGUGGUUUUUUCACAAAAAUAAAGCUUGGUUUUAAGAACCGACGCAGCAUCAAUGGCAAUAAUAAACUUCGUUUUAGUUACACUAGUAAUAAUAGUUACGUUAUCUCGAUCAAUGGUAAUGACGCUUUCUCGACUGUGAACACGUAUAUUUCGAAUGCGAACGAUUCAGAUAUCAUGCACGAGACAACUGAGGAUAUUUUGGCCAAAUAUCGACGAAAAACAUCGUCAUCGUCGGAAACGGUUGCUUCCGAUUCUACGAGUAACAAUUCCAGCUCGACCAAUAGCAAAAAUGCACACAGUUGUGGCAGAAACCCAUCUGAGCGAAACGAUUUAGAUUAUUCCACAACAUUUGCGGCACUGAAAAGAAAACUACGCCAAGUGCUGUCAACAUCCGAUAUAUAUCCGAGUGAUUUCGAACCUUGCGAUGAUGGUCACGCCACGUCUCUCCUCAUGUACCUCCGUAUAUUACAGUCACAAGCUCUCAGUAAUCAAGCUCUACAACAGUUAUCAUGUACUUCCGAAAUACUGCGUGUUAUGCAAACCGUAAAAGCUGAGGCACAACAAAAUUUACUAAUGGAUUUGCAGAACGAUAUUUACACCCGCCAAACGUACAUUCAAUAUCUCAUCAGUUGUCGCCAAACAUUGCUCUCGUCAACCGAUAACCUUAACUCCUUCACCAACAAUCUUCAGCAAGAGAGUCGAUUAAUAGUAUAUCAUAUCAUGAUGAUAGUUGCAAAACAUUUCCUGGAGAAAAAAGAGAAGAUGGUGCAGAAGUUCCACAGGGAGUUUGUUAAAUUAACUGUAGUUGACGAAAAAAUAGAUAUGCUGCAUGAAUUUUUAAAAUCCUUAACUGAUGAUUUGAGGGCUGAUACUGUGAUAGACUACAUGUCGGAUUCGCAGUUUACCGAAGCACAAGAUUGUAUGGAAUGCAUUCUCUUGCAAAAACUCUAUCAAUCUGUAAUGUUUCCAAACAAUGAUGGGGAUAUUUUUCGUGAUCAGGUACUAUUUGAUCACAUCAAAAGACUGUCCAGAUCAAUCAGCCCAUCUCACAAAAUGUUGCGUAUCUCCUCCGCAUAUCUUGGUGAGGCACCUUGGCCUUAUGCACAACGACAACUGUCUUAUAUUUCAGCAUACAAAACGCCCAAUGAGAAAGUAGAGUGUGUAUUCAAGUGCAUGAAAAGUUUGAUUAGCCUUCUAUCCAUGGGAUCUGAUCGAUCUAUUACGGCUGAUGACAUGACCCCAGUGUUCAUCUAUGUACUUAUACAGGUCAAUCCUCCCAAUUUAUUAUCUACAAUCGAAUAUGUCAACAGUUUUUUUGGAGAUAAGUUGGCUGGAGAGAGAGCGUACUGGUGGACUCAAUUCUGCUCAGCUGUCACAUUCAUUAAGACAAUGGACUAUUGUGAAUAAAUAAUACAUAGUUGUAAUAUGUACUGUUAUGCAAUAAUACAGAAAGUUUAAUAUUA